GGAACACGUGUGUGCUGUUGGACCGAACUCGGGGUGUUAAGUCAGCCGCUACCGUGUGAGUCUCAGUGUGCCCAGAGUGCUCUCGACGCUCUGAGCGGGAGCAGACGGUGAACCUGCAGUCAACGCCUCCUGCCGCCGUGCCUCGUUCAUCAUCGACACGUCUUUCAAUUUCAAUUUCGCGUCCCAAAAUCAACUUGCGCGAGGCAGGAGAGUUCGCCGGCCGCCGCCGCCGCCGUCGCCGCCGUUAUCGAUCCAGGAUGGAAUCGGCCGUCUCCGGAUCUCAUGGACAUCGCCACCACCACCACCACCACCACCUCCCGCGCACCGCACAGGCGCUUUUCGUCGGCACGGCCCGCAUGACCGGCCUCAAGGACCAGCGCGUCGCCGCCGCGUCCGCCCUCGCCGCGCCGUCCCCCGCGUCCAGCAGCAGCCACAGCAGCAGCGGCAGCAGCGGCGGCGACGACGACGGUGAAGACAAAAGGGACGACAGCAACGAGAAACGGAAGAGGCGGACGGGCGCAGGCAGGAGAAAGCAGAGGAAAGAAAGCCUGGAAUCGACCGAGUCCAUGGGCAUUCGGGCGGAGGGGUCCGGAUCUCUACCGCCCAAGGGUAUCAUCGGCGUUCUCGUCGAAGAGGACACGGAGGCUCGACUCGGCGACGCGGAGGCGUGCGGACGGGGGGCGGGAGAGGGACCGGGCGAGCAGCACGAUGACAUGGAGCGAGUGGUGUUCAACGUGUCCGGGCUGCGCUUCGAGACGCAGCUGGGCACGUUGGCGCAGUUCCCCAACACGCUGCUGGGCGACGCGGAGCGGCGGUCGCACUACUACGACCCGCUGCGCAACGAGUACUUCUUCGAUCGCAACCGGCCCAGCUUCGACGCCAUCCUCUACUAUUACCAGUCGGGCGGCAGGCUGCGGCGGCCGGCGAGCGUCCCCUUCGAUAUCUUCUCCGAGGAGAUCAAGUUCUACGAGCUAGGCGACGAGGCGAUGGUGCGCUACCGUGAGGACGAGGGCUACGCGAAGGAGGAGGAGAGGCCGAUGCCGGCGAACGAGUUCCAGCGCCACGUGUGGCUCCUCUUCGAGUACCCCGAGAGUUCGGGGCCAGCGCGCGGCAUCGCCAUCGUGUCGGUGCUCGUCAUCGUCAUCUCCAUCAUCAUCUUCUGCGUCGAGACGCUGCCCAUGUUCCGGGAGGAGAGGGAGAACGCCUCGUUCGCCGUGCCAUUCGUCAACGGCACUGAGGCGGAGGACGAGGCCUCCGGCAGCUCGUUCGCGGACCCAUUCUUCAUCAUCGAGACCGUCUGCAUCGUGUGGUUCAGCUUCGAGCUCACGGUGCGCUUUCUCGCAAGUCCCAGCAAGCCGGCCUUCUUCAAGGACAUCAUGAACAUCAUUGACAUCGUGGCCAUCGUGCCCUACUUCAUCACCCUGGGCACCGAGUUGGCGGAGCAGGAGGGCAACGGGCAGCAGACGAUGUCGCUCGCGAUCUUCAGGGUAGUCCGCCUCGUGCGCGUCUUCAGGAUCUUCAAGCUGUCGCGACACUCCAAGGGGCUGCAGAUCCUGGGCCAGACCCUGAGCGCCUCCAUGCGUGAGCUGGGCCUCCUCAUCUUCUUCCUCUUCAUCGGCGUCAUCCUCUUCUCGAGCGCCGUCUACUUCGCCGAGUCAGACGAGUCCGAAACGGACUUCACGAGCAUCCCGCACGCGUUCUGGUGGGCCGUUGUCACGAUGACCACGGUGGGCUACGGCGACAUGUGGCCCAAGACCGUGGGGGGGAAGAUCGUGGGCUCGCUGUGCGCCAUCGCGGGCGUGCUCACGAUCGCGCUGCCGGUGCCCGUGAUCGUCUCCAACUUCAACUACUUCUACCACCGCGAGAUGGACAGCGAGGACCAGGCCCACUACUCGCACGUGUCCAGCCUCAACACCAAUGACGACGGAGGAGGUGGAGGAGGAGGCGGCGGAGGAGGCGAUGAAGAAGUUCUCAAGCAAAUGUCCACGGAGGUCAACCCGCAGAGCGGCAGGGGCGACGGGGCUGACGUGGUGGCAAUCCUCAAGGAGGUGGAUUCUGGACAAGUCCCCAAUAACCUUUCUGAGCGGACGGGGCUAGGACCCAUUGCCUAGUGCCCGCCAAGUCACAUCUUCAUCGCAGAGGAGCUUUCGCACGUGCGGCAAACGGCGCCGACGAUGUGCUUGGCGCAUAAAAAUAGACUCGAGCGAAACUGUGGACACGAAGAUGCAGCGCCAUGCGAGAAGUCAUCUGUAAUGAGCAAAGGGCGAUCAUGGAAAACGUUAGUUCCGAGUUAAAGCUGCAAAGCCAGGAGGCGCAAAAGAAGCUGCUAUAAUCGUGGAUUAUUGUAUUAUUCGCAGUUCGAUCAACCAAACCAAUGGUAUUCACAUACAUCCUACUCAUAGUUCUUAUGGCUCUAAUGAGUCCAAAUUUGUCAAUAUUUUAGAUCUGAAUUUUUUUCUAUAUAAGCAUGCAAGCUUGUGCUCACAGACAUUUUUUUCAGAUUUUUUUUUAUUUGUACCCGCUAACGACUUGGGUUCACAAUGAAGAUAUAUCCUUGAGAACUACGUGGGCAGGUUUCUUAGGGCUGCUAUGCAUGUAUCAACAGUUUUUAAAUGAAGCUGACAACGAAAACUUGAGCUCAAUCGUGAACUUAAACGACUUGCUGGCGGUAAUGCAGAUGGAGCGUGCCAAAAGGAUUGACGGUCGAUCAUCGAAUGAAACGCAAAGGAAACAACAGCAAGAAUCGGAGGUAUAAUUCCAAUUCCGUGCAUCAAGCUGUGAGUAAAUCAACGAGUCGGGAGCACUGAGACGGUGUCUUGAGCUGAGAAAUACAUUUCCUGAACGGUGGCAUCAACAGAACGACGC